AUGUUAUAUUAUAUCUUCCUUUCUUACUCUUUUUUUUAUUUCUUCCUCUAUCCGUUUUUUUUUUACUUUGAAAAAUAUCUAGAAACUUGAUGAUAACGUUCACAUCAUCUCACAUGUAUUCUCCUUCAAUGUCUACACCUCUUCAAACCAAGUACACUCUAUCUGCCAUCACAAACAACAUCCCAAGAAGCCACCGUCCAUGGCUUCUACGUGUACGUGUCACCUGCUUGGUUACUCCCACCACCAACUCUCAGCCUACCCAUAAGACGAAGCUUGUUGUUAAACAACGUCUUGUGAAUCCUCCUCUCUCAACCGAUCCAAAUCUACAAUCUACUUGGACUCACCGGUUAUGGGUUGCAGCUGGCUGCACCACCGUGUUUGCCUCUUUUGCCAAAUCCAUCAUUGGAGCGUUUGGUUCUCAUCUCUGGUUCGAACCAGCUUUAGCCGGUUUUGCUGGGUACAUCAUAGCAGAUCUAGGCUCUGGUGUGUACCACUGGGCCACCGAUAACUACUGUGACUCCUCAACGCCUCUAGUAGGAACCCAUAUCGAAGAUUCUCAAGAUCACCACAAGUGGCCUUGGACAAUCACCAAACGGCAAUUUGCAAACAACCUAUAUAUCCUGGCUCGAGGCACAACCUUGACAGUUCUCCCAAUAGAUCUUGCAUUUGAUGACCCUGUGGUUCAUGGCUUCGUAAGCACGUUUGCGUUUUGCGUAUUGUUUUGUCAGCUGUUCCAUGCUUGGGCUCAUGGAACCAAGAGCAAGCUCCCACCUCUUGUGGUGUGGUUGCAAGACAUUGGGCUGCUCGUUUCACGGACACGUCACGUGAAUCAUCACCGAGCGCCGUAUAACAACAAUUACUGCGUAGUGAGUGGGGUGUGGAACAAGGUUUUGGAUGAAAGCAAAAUCUUUGAGGCAAUGGAGAUGGUGUUGUAUCUCCAACUUGGGGUAAGACCGAGGUCAUGGACCGAGCCAAACUCUAUAUGGACGGAAGAAACAGAGUAACAGACUUAUCCAAAUGUUGAUCUAUCUCUGGUUUAAGACUUAGAAAUAUGAUUACAAAAUUUUUUUGAAAGAUUUGAAAAGUGUAUACUUAUCAUUCAAUAUUUAUGUUUAAAUUGUUUAUAAGAUGCAUUUUAUAAUUUUUACAUAAUUUAGCCAGCAAACAUUGAAAACUGUAAAGUGGUAUGCAAGUUUUAUAGAUAAGAUAUUGAGUCUCAUCACUU